AACGGGCUCAACCGUCGCGCGAAUAACCGCUCGGGAUCGCGAUGCAGCGGGACAAGGCGAAGCGACGCGCGACAGCAACGACGACGACAACGCUGACAAAUGCCGCCGCACUCCAAGAUCAUCUCAUGCGGAGCUUGGAUUUGCGGCUGCCACCGAGGCGUCUUCGACAGCCAAAGCCAUCAUCGGCCACGGCAACCGCCGCCAGCUCGGUUGUCAAGGACAUUAGUAGUAGUGUCUGUGACCCGAUGUCCGAGUACCGGCGCGUUUGGGUCUGUGACGAGUGCACGCUCGAGAACCACGAUGACGUGGCGCGCUGUACGGCCUGCCGCGCGUUCAAGCCCGUGGCGCGGCGGCCGCGGCUCACGCUCGCGCAAAAGAAGGGCCUCGUGCCGGGUCCUCCGCCGCGACUCAACAACAACCAGUGGGAGGACGUCGAGCAGCAGGCCGAAGCCCGCGGCGACGCCGAGUACCCAUGCUCUAUCUGCCGCGAGCCGUUUGGCGUACACGCCAAGGUCCUCUUGAGCUGCUCGCACAUGUUCCACCACACGUGCCUUACGAGUUUUGAGCGCUUCUUGCGCACGACCGACCGCGUCUGCCCGCUCUGUCGCAAACAAAAUUACGAAAAAAAGGCAACGCAAAGUGGCGAAGCGCACUUCCGCAGCAUCUGCGCGCGUCGGCUUCAGGCACGCAUUCGCGGCUGGCUGGCGCGAAGACGCUACACAUCGCUCCUCGCCCACUAUUACAAACAGGGUUAUGGCGACCCCCGCCGGCGAUCGCUCUUUUAUGCCUCCAAGGUCUCGGCGAUCAGCAGUCGCAUCGUGCGUGCGAUGAAGGCGCGCGCCGACUCGAUCGACGCACUCCUCGCCGAGUUUGACGAGAGCAUGAGCCGGAGUCGCGCCAUCUUCAAUGGCGAGAACAACCAAGAGACUGCCAAGGGCAAUGCGUGGCCAAAUGCGCUUGCCAAGGUUCUGCUUCUUCGAUGUCAAAAAAUCUUCGAUCGAACGCGUAGGCCACGGCGCGCAACGAGGCCGAGUGUCCCAUUUGCCUCAACGCCAUGAGUGCCAAGGCCGUGACGCUCUUGAGUUGCUCGCACGUCUUGCACGCCGAGUGCUUGGUCGCGUUCGAAUCGUUCAACAUCUACGAAGUGCACCUGUGCCCCGUGUGUCGCGGGCACUAUGAAAGCCGCCGUCUCCACUGCGAUAUGUCGUCGUUCGCAGACUGAAUUAUUUGCGGCGUGGGACUUGCGUUGCAUCCAGAGCGUCCGAACGCAUCCAGUAUAAUGGUUUCAAAACAGUGCUUUUCCACACAAA